CCCAAUCCGUCCCCGCUAGAUCUCCGGCGCUAGCCGAGAUCACACCGCCACCCACGUCCAUCAUGCCCGCCGUCGAUCUCGCUGAGGAGGAGCGGCUCGACGAGCUCGACCCUCUGCGCCAUCUGCGCGACGACGACGAGCUCGUGCCAUCCCAGCCGCAUUCGGUCCAGAAUGAACGGCUCACACUCUCCUUCCCCACCGCUGACAACGGACCCGUCCAAAUCGAGCUUCUCGCGGACGCGAAACCCGGCUGUGGCGGGAUUGCAUGGCCAGCCGGAGAGGUUCUUUCGCGCUACAUCUCUCGAUGUGGACUUGGCGAAGCAAAGGAAAUCUUGGAACUUGGCAGCGGGACUGGUCUCGUCGGCCUCGUCGCCGGCUCCUUGGGCGGUCGAGUAUGGAUCACCGACCAAGCGCCGUUGCUUGACAUCAUGCGAUCCAACGUAGCACUCAAUGGAUUAUCGUCAUCCGUCUCGGUCGCCGAGCUUAACUGGGGAGAAUCGAUACCUCCCGAGAUACCUCGAUCUUUGGACUUGCUUUUACUGGCUGAUUGCGUGUAUUUCGAGCCUGCGUUUCCGCUCUUGGUACAAACGUUGUGUGAUCUAACAUCGCCGGGCGAUCCAAAGCCGAAAAUACUCUUCUGCUACAAGAAACGCCGAAAGGCAGAUAAACGGUUCUUUACCCUGCUGAAGAAACACUUCGAUUGGGAAGAGGUGGAGGGCGAUCCCGACAAACAAACUUACAACCGCGAAGCAAUCACACUGUUGCGCCUACGUCGACGUGGAUGAUGUACGGCGUACCAAGAUAUCGCUAGCAUGAUGGUUACCGUACCUUGCCUAAAAUUACCACGUAUGGCCAAUGGUCAUCACCGAUCUGCAAUAUUGGCUCCACUCCGGUGUCUUUGACUUGAUACGGGCCUGCUUACAGCCUUAUCUUGUCGUAGGGUAAUGCUCAUAUUGUAUGAUCGUCAUCAAAUGUGCAGAUGGAGA